CGAGCGAGGCAAAGAGGGCGAUGAGAAAGGUGCGCGGGUUCGCAAGCAGGCCAUUGACGCCUGGCCGGGCCGAGAGCUCAGUUGGAAUUUCCGAUGUUUCCGACCGCUUCGACUUUUCGGCAAAUAGACUUUUCGAACUCGGACCGCCUCGACGCCUAUGCCUUCUCAUGUAAACGCUCCUUUUUCUCGAUAUCUAAUAACAUCUCUUGCUCUUCUUCGUCGUCUGAACAAUCAGGAGCGGCGACGGUGAACGCGGGGGCUGGAGCCACCUCAGGGCUCAGGGCCAGCCUGGGCGAGCUAUAUCGUCCCGGGUCGAGGUCUCGCCCACGCUCGACCGACCCGUUGGAAUCGAUCAGCUCGGCCGACGUACUCCCUCAACUCCGUCAACGACUGCGGGCACGCCGAGCGUCCAGAUCUCCAACUGGCCUCAACACCUAUGGCAAUGCGCUCCGCGAAGCCAGCCGGCAGACGGUCAACGCCUGGAUCCGCUCCUCGCACUUUGACGCCGUGCUCAACUUUGACGCCGUCGUGCGCGACCCGGCGAACCACAGCGUGAUUGCGAGUAAGUAUGAUUCGGGCGACGGGCUCCACAUGAACCCAGCCGGCUACAGCGCCUUGGCAGCAAGCAUCCCCCUGUCGCUGUUCGAGUAGUAGCAGCGGAGUGCACCCAGCUUGCCGAAUGGGGCCUCACGACAAAUUGAAAUUGUGGAAGCGCAUCUUCGGAAGCGCGUCUUCGUUUGUAAACAAAACGAUCUUGCCCUCCUACUACUC